AUGCCGGUGCUGAAGCAGCUGGGCCCCGCGCAGCCCAAGAAGCGGCCUGAGCGCGGCGCCCUGUCCAUCUCCGCGCCGCUCGGCGACUUCCGGCACACGCUGCACGUGGGGCGCGGCGGCGACGCCUUCGGGGACACUUCGUUCCUGAGCCGUCACGGCGGCGGGCCGCCCCCCGAGCCCCGGGCGCCGCCCGCCGGGGCCCCGCGCUCGGGGCCGAAGGCCGAGGCCGGGGCCAAGAAGCCGCCGCUGCGCACGGCAGCGGCCGUCAUCCAGCGCAUCCGCUGGGACCCGCGCCUCGACCCGGCCGACUUCUCGGUGGGCUACGCCGACCGCUUCCUGGGCGUGCGCGAGGAGCCCUUCGUUGCCUUCUGCUGGGACGAGCCGCUUGCGGCGCUCGGGCCCGGCGUCCUGGCCGUGCCGCAGCACCGGGUGCGCUACUUCCGCUUCCGCGGCCGCAUCGUGUGGGACCGCGCCUCGCGCACCGACCUCGUCUUCGGCUCGGGCUCGGCGGCCGGCCGCGGGCCCACCAUCCUGGACACGCUCGCCGGCGGGGGCGCGCACGACGGUGAGGACGCGCACGGCGAAGACGCCCAUGGCGGCGAGGACGUGCAUGGUGGCGGGGGCGCGCACCGCGAAGAGGCCCUUGGCGGCGAGGAAGCGUCCGUUGGCGAGGACGACACGCAUGGCGGCGGGGGCGCGCACGACGAUGAGGCCACCCAUGGCGGCGGGGGCGCGCACGAAAACACCAGCGCAGAACCCCGAGCGCCCGACUGCACUAGGCUGGAAGCCAGCGAGCGGCGCAGGGCGGGAGGCGAGGCUUCCCCGUGGACAGAGCUGGAAAGGGUGCCGAAGCUGGCCGCCGCGGGCAGGACCUCGGAGCCUCAGAGUGGAGCGGCACAGGCAGCCCCGGGACAGCCCCCCACAGGAGGUUUUCCUGAGACGGAAGCAGAGUGGGGUCUUGGCGCCUGGCCCUCGGAAGGCGGAGAGGCCGCUGGAGCCAGGGCCACGGCGCCUCGCCAGCCCCGCCCCACGCAUUUUGUGGCUGUCAUGGUGACUGAUCCCGGGCUGCAGGCGGGGGUGGCCAAGGCCCAGGAAGAGCUGGUUCGAGCCGCACCCUCGUGCGCUGCAUUCAUGGUACCCGCGGGGGCCCUACACCUGACGCUAGCCCUCCUGAGGCUGACAGGCCCUGGGGAGGUAGCCGCCGCAGUGGGGGCACUAAGACGCGCGCUCUUGGCCCCAGGCCUUCAGGCACCCCCGCAGCUGAGCUUUGGGAGCCUGCUUCUCCUAGGGCAGCAUGUGCUCUGUGCCCCACCCUCCCCUUCCGUGGAAGGUAUGGCCCGAGUGCUGGAACAAAGGCUGGAAGCCGAGGGACUCAGAGUAGUACAGCCCCUAGGUGGGCUACACCCCCACCUCACCCUAGCCAAGGUCCCCCACGGUUCUCAAGUCUGCCUUCCCCAGCCUGGGUUCAGCCCAAGGCAGGAGUUGGGAAGCCAGCCCCUAGGGGAAGUCUGGCUGUGCCGCAUAGGCAGGGCAGGAGACACCUACCAGCCUCUGGCUGAGCUGCCCCUGGGAUGAUGGUCCCCUCAGACCUCUGCAGGAGACCACCCUCAACCCCAAAGAACCUGGGAAGAUCCAGUCCAAGCAGGGAGGGACAAAGUGCUCUCUCUCUCUCUCUUUAAUUUUGGUUUCUCUCAAGCUUCCAAAUGGUGCUCAGUGAUCCAAGGAAAGAAUGAAGGAAGGAGAAGGGAGGGAAGAGGGAAGGGAGGGGAGGCAGAGGAGGAACAUCUGGAAAAAAAGCAGCCUGACAGUCCAGCUGUUUGCAAACUCAUCGCACAUCCUCCAGUUACAUGGCAGAAGAGGGGGAGGGCCAAAAAGAAAAAGGGGAGGAAGAAAAAUAACUUAAAUAAACACACACAAAAAGAAAAGAGAAGGAAACAUGACGUGAGCUGGUGAUCCAUGAAGGCAGGGAGGGAGGGAGAGUAACCAUUUUACCUGUGCUGAACCAAAGAAGGGUGGGGAGCAGGAGGAGGAG